UGAGCAGACAGCGUUGAGUCUCACGGUGAGAGAGAAGAGUGCAUGAGGCACACUUUAUUUGAUUUUUUUUUUUUUACCUUGCUUGGUUGAAAUUCACAUGGAGGCGAGCGGGAGUGGCCUGCCGGCGGAAUGGGACGAGCAAUGGCGGAGCGAGAAGGAAAGGAGGAAACGAGUACUAGGAGAAGGAAGGGAAGGCGUUGAGCAGGACAAACGUGAGCUCCGAAAAAUUGUGGCCUUCAAUGACUCUAGAUUAGGUCUGACAAGCGAGAGGGCGGAACCGGGCGGAUCCAAGCUCGAGGAGGACGGAGGGCGCGUCGAUGAUGUCCGACGCUAUCCGAGCGAAAGCUUUCCUGGUGAGAUGUUCAAGGUCUUGAGGGAGUUACUUGAAUCGGGUCUCCUCACGGAUCUGACGUUGACCACAGAGGAUGGGAGCAGCUUUUGCGUUCACUCUUCCAUCCUUGCUGCUGUCAGCUCUUUCAUUGAGGCGAGGGUCAGGGUAGAAACUCAAACGUGCGAGGUAGCCGCCCACCAGUGGUGUCUGAUUCUAGCUCCGGAUGUGGAUCAUUGUGGUCUACGGGCAGUUGUGGAGUUUGCCUACACCGGGGAGCUCAUAGCAAUGGGUGACACCCGACCCCAAAUUGAGGCAGCGGCUCGUGCACUCGGAGUUCCGAGAUUGUUGGACCUCUGCGACCAAACCGCUGGAGCGAAGGCAGAUCUGAGAAAGGAGCAAGCAAUCUCUGCCGAAGAGGAAAUGCGACGAACCCUUCGUUCCAUCCAGCAGCUCUGGGCAGACGGUGUGGGCUGUGAUGUCAUUUUGGAUGUGAACGGAGCUUUGUUCCAUGUCCAUAGGGUGAUCCUGGCAGCAAGCAGUGACUACUUCCGAGGCAUGUUCACCAGCGGGAUGAGGGAGUCUCGUCAAGGUCGCGUUGCCCUUCCUUUAAAAGUCAUUCCAGAGAUGGCUGCUUUGAUUUGCUUCUCCUACUGCGGGACGCUUCCUGUCAACUGGGACUGCGUCUUUGAGCUCGCCUGCACGGCACUCCGGUUCCAGUUCCGGUCAGCCGUCUCGCUUUGCCUCCUCUUCAUGAAACGGGAAAUGGGAGCGGGUUCCUGCCUGGAUGUGGCUUCUUUUGCCGAGGCUUACGGGAUGUCAGAGCUCCUUGAGGAAGCCAAUGAUUACGUGCUGCGAAACUUCUUGGAAGUGUCUGCGACUGAAAAGUUUCUGGACCUCCAAGCUGAGAAGCUUCUGGACUUCCUCUGCAGCGAUGGUCUCAGCGUGCCAUCCGAGCUUGUUGCGUUUCGAGCAUUAGUCUCCUGGCUUGAGGUGGAUUCUGAGGAGCGACUGGGGCAUGCCUUUAAGCUGAUGAGAGGAGUUCGCUUUCCCCUCAUGACCUUUCGAGAGUUCAGGGAGGUCAGGGCCAUAAACCUACGCUUAGAAACCAAAGAUGUGCAACUUCACGGUGCUGCUUUUAAGGAGUUUGGAUCAACCCUCUCAGUGCAGGAUCACUGUCGAGUGAGGCGCCCCAAAGACUCCCUACUUCUUGUUGGUGGGGACCAGCUGGACCAGGAUGUGGGUCAACGCGUACCAAGUGGCGAAAUUUGGUUUGUAAACUCCUUGCGCUCCGGCAUAGGCCUGGUGAAGGACAUUGAGUGGAGGAAGCUGGCCCAGAUUCCAGAUAGGCCAAAGUUCAGACACGGGGUCGCAACCCUUAGGGGGCGGUUGUUUGUGAUCGGCGGAUGUCACUUCUAUGCCAAGGACGACGUCAUGAAAUCGACCUACAGCUAUGAACCCAAGCAAGACCUCUGGAAGAGGUGCACCGACAUGCAGGAAUGCCGAAGUAACUUCUCAGUGGUGGUGCACCAAGGUCAGCUUUGUGCCAUCGGUGGAGAUAAGCAGCUCAACACUAAUUUAAACAGCGUGGAGAUGUACAACACGGAGGCCGAUACCUGGAGCUUUGUCCGUCCUCUGAACCAUCCACUCAGCGGCCAAGCUGCCACAGUCCUCGAUGGAAGGGUGUUUGUCUCCGGAGGUUUUGACCCCCAGUAUGUUUGCCUUGCUUCCUUGUUCGUGUACGACCCUGAUGCAGGAAGCGUCCACAUGGCAAAAAUGACUCAAGACCGAGCCCAGCACUGCAUGGAGGCACUGCGAGGUUGCCUUUAUGUGGCCGGCGGCGUGUGCAACCUCAGGACGUAUUACACGGACCAACUCACCUGUGAGGUUUACAAUCCCGCUGUUGAUUGUUGGACGACCUUUGCGCCGCUGCCCGUACCUCAUGUGGGCGCAGCCUCGGCCAUCUUGGAAGAGAAUAUCUAUCUCCUGGGAGGGUACUGCCAGGAAGACUACAGCGAAUCUGGACUGGUCCACAGGUUUAACCAGAUCACGCAGCGCUGGGAGAGAAUGGGAAAAGUCCCAGCAGCCGUUACUGAUAUUCGAGCCUGUGUGCUACAACUACCCCAACACUUGAGAUGGUAGCUUGAAGGACUGAAAUGUCACUUCUGUAUUGUCUUCCUUACCACUGCGUUGAUAAAUUUGCAUGGGACAGAAAAAAAAAUACAAAAUAAAAUCCAUUGAAGCUUGCAAAGCAGGCUCAGUGAACAGAAAAAACCCACGGCGACAUAAAGAAAACACUGACUUUCAUAUGAAUAGAGGAACAAUUGACCCCGCCCCCCUCUCCCCCGCGGUUGAAGCCAGAGGACAGCCAUCUUACGUUGCCAAUGGUACUGACAUGGGUUUUGCUUUCAUUUCAUUGUUGACGGUUCUGACAACAUGAUGCAAAUCUUUGAGUAGCACCUGGAAGAUACACCUUAUAAGAGAAUAUUUAUAAUAGUUUUCUUAUCGAUGAAAUGCGUAUGCAGCGCCUCUCCUGGACUUAAGUGGUACAACGGUUUGGGAUACACUGUUAUUUCUGCCAUGGAGACAAAAAAGAAAAUGGCCACUUUUCUCUCCUGCGACUAAGUAGCAUGAUUAACCGUUUCUUGCACACUGUAACCUGAAAAGAUAAUAAACUGUCCACUGUA